AUGGUAAAACUAAUAUUUAAUUUAUUUAUAAUAUAUUGUUUUCUUUUGAAAACAAUACAAUCUAAGGAUAUAAUUUGUGAAUCAUGUUUUGCUUCAUGUAAAUUAUAUAGAGAUGGAUCUUUUGAUAUUAAAAAUUGUGAUUGCGCAAAUAAAGAAAUAUGUUAUGGGGAGGCAUGUUAUGCUAAAAUAGAAACAUUUCCUGAUGAAAAAGUUGCUACUAUUCAAAAAGGAUGUAUUACUGAAGUACCAGGUGGAUUAGAAGGAUGUUAUCAUAAUGGUCAAACUGAAUCAACACAUUGUUAUUGUACAUCAGAUAAAUGUAAUAUUGGUUCAAAAUUAAAUAAUUUUAAAGCAAAUAAACUUCCUAUUGUUGAAUGUUGUGAUUGUUCAGAAAGUAAUGGUAAUAAAUGUAAUGAAAUUAAAUGUGAUAAAACAUGUAAAGGAAACUAUUGUGUUGCUGAUCUUGAAGGUAAUGAUCAAGGUUGUGGAUAUGGAAUACCACGCUUAGCAAUGUUUCUACGAAUGAUUGAUUAUAUUAAAUGGCAGGGAAGUACAAUUUGUUCACGUUAUCAAGCUGGUAAUACUGUUAUAAAUGGAUGUACAUGUACUUCUCCAACUGGAAAUUGUAAUGAAAUGGCAAAAAUGCGAGAAUAUCAAAAUAAAAAUGUUAUAUUAAGAAAUCUAGAUAAUCAACAUUAUUGUUAUAGUUUACAUCAAAAGUCAACGAAACCAUUUAAAACAAAUGUUUUUAAAAAAUCAGAAACAUGUGAAGGGCAAUAUUGUUUUUUUAGUAUAACAACAACUGAAUUAACUAUUGAAAGUGAGGAAUAUCAUGAUGCAUUAACUUCAUCAACAAAUUUUAUUGGUACAACAAGACCAUACUAUGAAAUAUUAGCUGGAUGUCUUAAAGUUGAUAACGAUGAGAAAUUAAAUAUUGGUUGCACAAGAGAAUACAAUGGUUCAAAAAAUAAUUCAACUAUCUCAAAACAAUGUAUUUGUGAUUCACAUUUAUGUAAUUAUGAAUAUUUUGUUGAAAUGUAUUCAAAUACUACAGUUACAAGUAAAAUAAAAGCAUUAGCAGAGUCAAGUGGAAUAUUUAAACAACGUCAUCGUACUAAUAAAAAUUCACAAGUAAAAAAUGAUUCUAUUAUAAUAGAAAAUUCUAAUGAUAUUGGUUUUUCUUCAACAUCUUCAACAUUUGGUUGUUAUUAUAUAUUUUUAUUUGUCAUAUUUUACUUAAUCAUUGGUAUUGAAUUAAUAUAA